CAUCUGGAGUGGAGAUGAAUUACAAAAUAUGCUUAAUAACUGUAUUUUUACAAUGGACAGUAGCUACAACUAGUAAUGAUCCGCUGUUGGUGCAGCUGCCUUUUGGCACAUUACGUGGACGUGACGAUGGUGCCUACUAUAGCUACGAGGGCAUACCCUACGCCGAGCCGCCGCUGGGCAAGCUGCGCUUCGAGCCACCGCAGACUUACAGGCAAAAGUGGUGUGGUGUGCUGGACGCCAGUCCGCAGCCAAAGCUGUGCAUGCAAUGGGAUCAAUUGACGAAUGGCACCGAUAAGCUAGUGGGUGUAGAGGAUUGCCUUACGCUGAGCAUCUUCAAGCCAAAGAGUAGCAAGCGUCGCAGCUUUGCUGUGCUGGUGCACAUACACGGUGGUGCGUUUAUGUUUGGCGGCUCGAACAAAGCGCCUAGGCCAAGCUUUAUGGAAAACGGCAGCUUCAUAUUGGUGAGCAUUAGAUACCGCUUGGGUCCGCUGGGCUUCCUGAGCAGCGAGGAUGCCAGUCUGUCCGGCAAUAUGGGCUUGAAGGAUCAGCGCAUGGCACUCAAGUGGAUCAAGCAGCACAUUGUACACUUUGGUGGCGAGCCGGAGCACAUUGUGUGGAUGGGCUUCUCAGCUGGCGGUGCUUCAGUGCAUCUGCAGCUGUUGCAGGCGGAUGCUCAGCGCUUAGCCAAGGUAGCCUUCUCCAUGAGUGGCAAUGCGCUGGAUCCUUGGGUCAUGCAGCAGUCGGCGCGCUUCAAAGCCUUUGAGCUGGCGCGCAUUGUAGGCUGUGGCAAGCUCGGCAGUUCCGCGCAGCUCAAGCGCUGCCUGCAACAGCAGCCGGCAGAGAAAAUAGUACGUGCCGUAGCGCAGCUGCAAGUCUUUGACUACGUGCCCUUCAAUGUGUUCGGUGUGGUGGUGGAAAGCAAGCAGGCACCAGCUGCUUUUCUCACGCAGCAUCCACGGGAUAUCAUGAACCGCACCUGUGCCAUCAAGUUACCUUGGCUGGUUAGCUAUGCAAACGAGGAUGGCGCCUAUAACGCAGCUGCUCUCAUGCAGCGAGACGCCAACGGCGUGGAGCUAAUCGAGCAGCUCAACAAUCGCUGGUUCGAGCUAGCUCCUCACUUGCUCUUCUAUCGCCAGCCUGGGCUAAGUGUAAAACAAAUGGAUGCCAAGUCGCUGCAGCUUAGAGAUCAAUAUAUGGGACAGCAGAACUUUAGCCGGCAGAGCUAUUUGGAUAUGCAGCGCAUGUUCACCGAUGUGCUCUUCAAGCGCAGCAUCGAACAGGUGACCAAGCUGCAUCGCAAGCACUGCAAGAGUCCGCUAUACAUCUACAACUACAACAUUCCCACUGAUCUGGGUGCCGGAGUAAUACUAUCCAAGCGCACAGACAUUGCUUUUGGCGCUUCCCAUGCCGCUGAUUAUUUAUUAACUGUUGAUGCAUCUGCACGUCCGUUACGCGCGGCGGAGAUAAUUGUUAGUCGCAAAUUAAAAACUAUGCUCGAGCAAUUUGUUUAUAGCAAACAGAGUUCGUUGUCAUAUGCUAAUUGUGCGCUCCCAAACAAUGUUGGUCGCCAGCUAUUCCAACUGGUUUCCAUUAGGAAUUCCAGUUGCUCUAUCCAGCAAGUAAAGCAGCUACCCUAAGCUGAAACUUAUCCUGGAGAUACGACUCAUUUUAAAAUAAUUACAAUUCUAAUAAUUCCUGGUACUCCAAUCUAAGCCUGAAUAUAAAUAUAUAAACAACCUUUAUACUCUCAAUAAAUCAGC